AGAGGAGGAAUAAUAUAUCCGCGAUUUGCUGGCGAGGAGGGACCGCUCGUACUACGACCCGUAACGCCGAUGGAGUGACUCAAUAUGCCUAGGUCGUUACUGGUGAUCUUCGCCGCGCUAUGCGCGACGUGCAGUCGCGCUGACUUCUUCAGCGGGAAGGAAGUGGUAUACGAUUUGAUGGUGGCACCAGUAUCGUCGACGGACGAUAACAAUCUUUACAUAGACGACGGCGUGGACGGAUUCCCGGCAUUUGGCUUUCGACCCGGAUCCGAAGUGAAGCAACCCUAUAGACUGUACCUCCCGGAAAAGUUGCCAGCCGAGUUCACCCUGGUGGCCACGUUCAAGCCGACCUCCUUUCGAACGAGCUACCUCUUCGCCGUUCUUAAUCCCUUCGAAACCGUUGUCCAAUUAGGCAUUAGAAUUUCGGACGGACCCGACUCAAACCAAAAUGUCUCGCUGGUCUACACGAAUUCGGACGAGCAUUCGCAUUCGGAGGAGGUGGCGAAAUUUACCGUGCCAAAGCUCACGAAGAAAUGGUCGAAGAUCGUCAUUAAAGUUUCCACGAGCGACAUCACCUUCUACCUCAAUUGCCACGAGAUGGCCCGGCAAAGGGUUACCAGGAUCCCCCAGGAAUUAGUAUUCGAUACCGCCAGCACGCUGUACAUCGCGCAAGCCGGACCGCACAUCCAGGAGCGAUACGACGGUUUGCUGCAAUCUUUGAAGUUAUACGCCGGCCAUCCUCCGGACCUUGUAAAAUGCACAGCUGAUUUUUACUUUUCAGCUUCAGAUGAAGAGCUCGCUUCUGGCGAUUAUGAUGUCAAUUUGUUCUACGGUUCCGGCGACACUGAUUUAAAUAAGAUCAGUCGAGAUACGGACGAAGACAAAAGUGAAGAGAGUAACCCGCCGCCAUUCAUCACGCCCCCGCCUCCGAAUCCAGAUUAUAAAGGUCCGAAAGGCGAGAAGGGCGACAAAGGGGACAAGGGCGAGAGCGUCAGGGGUCCCCCGGGGCCUCCUGGCCCGCCUGGCCGCGACGAGGAUUGGCAAAUGAAGAUACCACAGGGACCACCUGGUCAGAAGGGAGACCCCGGCACUUGCACCUGCAACGCCACGGCCUUAAUGUCUUCCUUUACGAUGCCAAAGAUGAUACAGGGGCCGAAGGGUGAGCCAGGAGUGCCCGGACAGGAAGGCAAGCAGGGCCUGAUGGGCCUCACGGGUGCGGCAGGACCGCCAGGGGAAAGAGGACUGCAGGGUUCGUCCGGGGCUAAAGGUGACAAGGGUGAUAUUGGAAUAGCGGGACCGGAAGGUCCUCAAGGUCAGAAGGGCGAGCCGGGUCGGGAUGGAAUACCCGGUGAAAAGGGUGCGCAAGGUCCGCCGGGGCCGCCCGGAAAAGGAGAAUUUUCUGGCUAUGACCCGGAAGGUAUCACAAUGAGACCAGGACUUCCAGGGCAAAAGGGUGAGCCAGGUAUUUCGGGAAGUCCUGGACCUAAAGGCGAGGCUGGAAUACCCGGGUCCAAAGGUAUCAAAGGCGAACCCGGGCACAAAGGUGCCAAGGGCGAUCACGGGAAAGACGGUCCUAGAGGAAUUCAGGGCUUUAAGGGUGAACCUGGCGCGCCUGGUGCACCUGGUUUGCCAGGCGCACCCGGGGAAAACGGGCGACCGGCGGAGAAGGGCGAUAAAGGCGACACGGGACCUGAAGGAAAACUGGGGCCUCCAGGACCACCCGGUCCACCGGGUGUGGGCGGACCCGGUGGCAUUAACGUGGGAGAUCUAGGAUUUGGGACAAAAGGGGGCAAGGGCGAUGCUGGAGCGCGCGGGUACAAGGGCGAUAAAGGCACGAAGGGCGAGAAGGGCGAUAAGGGCGACGGCGGGCCAUCUGGUAUUCCCGGAAUAAACGGUAUUCAAGGGCCUCAAGGAGAUAAAGGCGAACCGGGUAAAGACGGAGUAUCAGGAUUAGCCGGCAUACCUGGCGCUAAAGGUGAGAGAGGCGAGAGAGGUCCUCCUGGAGCCACUACCGUCGCCAAUUCCGGCGACUAUAUCACCAUCAAAGGUGAGAAAGGCGCCGAAGGAAAACGGGGCAGGAGAGGACGGCCUGGACCGCCCGGUCCUGUGGGUCCUCCCGGGAAACCGGGAAUUACGGGAGAAAUUGGUCUGCCAGGAUGGAUGAACACGAUAAAGGGUCGUCCUGGGACUCCUGGAAUUCCGGGAAGUAUCGGACCAAUGGGACCCAAGGGAGAAAAGGGGGAGCCUGGCGCACCAAGUCCUUACGGCGUUUCCGUCGGUAUCAAAGGCGACAAGGGAGACGACGGUUUCCCCGGGAUUCCUGGGCAGUCGGGAAGAGACGGGCAGAGAGGACCGCCAGGACCUCCCGGACCUCCUGGAGCACCGUCUCAAGGAAAAUAUAUUCCAGUACCAGGGCCUCCAGGUCCUCCCGGACCCCCCGGCCCGCCCGGCUUGUCUUUAAUCGGACAGAAAGGAGAGCCCGGGAUCGGUAGAAGCCACGUUUUCGGAGAAAGAGAUUACUAUCCUCCCAGGCAAGGAGCCAGAAGUAGUCUAGACGAAUUGAAAGCUCUGCGUGAACUCAAGCAACUGAAAGAACUGAAAGAGCAAUUAGGUGUUGUUACUGCCGCUACGAGGGGACCUUUAGAAAGUACAACGAAAAUUGUGCCAGGAGCUGUUACGUUCCAAAACACAGAAGCCAUGACAAAAAUGUCUAGCGUAAGUCCGGUCGGGACCCUGGCUUACAUCAUAGACGAGCAAGCGUUACUAGUCAGAGUUAACAACGGGUGGCAAUACAUUGCACUCGGAUCACUUUUGCCUAUCACAACGCCAGCCCCGCCAACGACAUCUCCACCGCCGGCGAAUCCUCCUUUCGAGGCAUCCAACUUAAUUAACCAGAUACCCGUGAAAGCCGACGGUACAGGGUGGUAUCCGCGAAUGUUAAGGAUGGCUGCGCUGAAUGAGCCGUUCACUGGAGAUAUGCAUGGUAUACGAGGAGCAGACUACGCUUGCUAUCGACAAGCAAGGCGAGCAGGCUUGAGAGGUACCUUCCGUGCUUUCCUUAGCUCUCGAGUUCAAAACGUCGAUAGCAUUGUCAGAUUAGGGGAUCGAGAUCUUCCCAUAGUUAACAUAAAGGGCGACGUGCUAUUCAAUUCUUGGAAGGAGAUGUUCAAUGGAAAUGGGGCGUACUUCUCCCAGAAUCCCAGAAUCUACAGCUUCAACGGGAAGAACAUCCUUACUGACUUCGCAUGGCCCGAGAAAGUCGCGUGGCACGGCUCUCACAAACUCGGCGACCGUGCGAUGGACACUUACUGCGACGCCUGGCACUCGAGCAGCUCGGAUCGCUACGGAUUAGGCUCGCCGUUGACCGGCGGCCGGCUGUUGGAACAAGUACGAUACUCGUGCGACAAUAAAUUCGCGCUGCUCUGCAUCGAGGUGACGAGCGAGCUGGUGAGGAGACGGCGGGCCGCCGACAAUCGGCCGGACGACGACGUCGAGAUGUCGGAGAACGACUACAUGGAGUACUUGGAGGAGCUCAUGCAAUACUGAACAUAACUCGCACCUUCGACCAUCCACCAUCGCAACGCGAAAAUCGAGCCGUUAUGUAAAUAGGAAUGCAGAUGCGCGCGUGCUGCGUUUCUUCGCGCGCGAUAUAUACAUAUAAUAAUAUAUAUAAAUAUAUAUAUAUAAAAGAAAAAUCCCACGUUCAAGUAAUAAUUCAUAUCGAUAUACAUAUCGUCAAGUCACAGCGUGUGCGAUCCGUCGCACGAGCAGCGUCACACAUCUCAUUUAUCCGCGUACCCGAGAUCACGAAACUAUCUCCGAUUCCGAAAGGGUAUAAUUACUUGUACUUUACCCCGCGAGCCACCACUCCGCUUCAGCCGCGCGUCUCAGUUCUCUCCUCUCCCCCCCCCCCCUCUCUCUCUCUUUCUCUCCUCUCUCUCUCUCUCGAUCUUUCUUAAACCAAAAAGAGAAGACUGAUCGUCUAGAUACUCGUCAGUGUUUCGUCGUAUUUGCGUAUUCGCGCCAAGUAUUCCUUCUCCCUUCCCUCCCUACCAUUCCAGUCGCUUUCGAAAGCUUCGAUCGUUCGAGGACUUUUGGGAGAGCUCCGCCGCGAUUCGACGUUCGUUAAACGUUUCCCCUCGUCACGAUAAACGUCCAAGAAUACUUGUGGAUCAGCGAACGAGCGACACGAAACCCGGACAGCGCGUGCUAAGGAUUCGCUCGGGCCCGCGUUUAUGGCGCACUUUAAAAGAGGCUGUCUAGUUUCAUCCCUUCCUACCACCAAGCCACCAUACGCUGGACGAUGUCUGCUCAGCAUACUCCUGAAUUAUUCAAAAGUCAGAAAACACGAGCGAACGAUUUUUUUUUUAACUAGAUCCGUAUCGAUAGCUUAUCAUCGCGAGGAUGAAGGUCCUGAAUACCAAAACAACGUAGUAAUUUCGAAACUAAAAAUUUUCGGAAAACGAAAGAAAUCUGAGAUUCAAUCAGUUUUGCCUUUUACCAUUUUCCCUCUAGCCUUUUUGUAACGUAACUUGUGCUGGAAGACUCAUAUGUUAUUCAAGAUACACGAUACAAAUAUAUUGCGACGUUUCUCGAGAAAUAUUAUAAUAAAUGGGCGUAACAUAACUGAAAUUUGGUCUAUGUAACAUCUCGUCUGAAUCGAAGGGAUUCUUAAUUUGGACUUUUCUGGAUUUACUACGGUUUGAAAUUUUCAGGCCCUCAAUUACUACCAUGAAUUUUCCUUGUUUCUACCGCAAAACAGCCGACGUACUGCGAAUCCUCAAGUGAUAACCUAGGUAGUUACGACAGGGCAAACGCCGAAAUAUUACAAGUGCGCUGCGAAUGCGGGCCGUACCGUUUAGGGAACUAAUUACUUAACACUGCCCUAAGUAAACCUAAAUGAAGUUCGUAUCCGCGAUCAAGUUGCAUUUACAUUUUAGCUGAUACAUAUUGAGUGUGUAUGUUAGUCGUAAGAGGCACAUCGAUUAAGGAGUUUCGGACGACGAGUUGCUGGGCUCAUUGUCGAAGAUUUAUGCUCCGUGUAUCUUGUAAGUCAUCGAGAAGGAAAUUACUUGUAUCUUUAAGAUCAUCGAUCGCCCUAAGGAUAGUCAUCACGCGUCGAUCAGUUCUUCGAAAUCUUUGUAAAAUUGUCACUGAGAUGUUCGCGAGUAACACUUGAGAAUUGAAGGAAAUUAGAAUUAACGAAGGAAUGAAAAAGUAAGCAAAUUCUUAAUGAUGUUAAAAUUCCUUUCUGUUACCCUGUUUUUAAAUAACGAUUUUAUCGCGUACGAAGCGCAGCGAAAACGCAAUUUUUAUAUACAAUACCUUGCAUUUCUGUAUUUAAUUCUGUAUUAUACACGAUACAACUGAAUUCCGUGCAAUAUGCAAUGCCAUCGAGCCUAAACGAACGCACGUGAAUGAGUGACGUUUACCAAAGCUCUGCCGCGAAAUGUAUGUAUAAUCAUUUAUGCGUCUCUUUCAUUUUUCCGUUAUUUCCUCGCAGCUUGCGCCGCAGGAUUUAUGUUUCCGGUCCGUCGAUUACACCGAGCAUAAAUCAGAUCUAAGUCAAUGUCUAUAACUCGAAGAUAUACCGUUAACAUUAACAUAAUUUAUUACAGUUACGUAGAGAUCGAUCCUGAAGGCCAUCAAAUGUACAUUUAGGUUGUCAGCAAGCUUGUUGGCGAAUAUUUCCUACAUACGUGAACUUUUUUAAGUGUCGUCAGUAGUAAUUCAUAUCCGACAACAUACAAUCGAUUGUCCUUCGAUAUAGUUUGCACCGAAAACUGUUUCGUUUCCAAAUUUUAUAUUAUUUGUACACUUUAUUAUUGUCUUUCUAAAUAAAAGAUGAAAAGGAAUCUUCUCGAGUUACAUCACCCUCUUUUCACUUUGCAUGUAGAAAUUUGUAAACAGCUUUAAGCGUUUUAUAUGUAACAUAAUGCAAACUUAAAUAUCCAGCAAGGAUAUUAAAGUUAUAAAGAAAUAGUGCAUAUUUUGUUAUCGAUAU